AGCGGCCCGCCCGCCUCGGGCCCGCCGGACCCGCCCGACCCGCCAGCCAUGGCGGCCGCGGCGGGCAGCCCGCCCGUCACGGUCACCGGCAUGGUCAAGCUGCCGCUGCUCCACGAGGCCCUCACGGGCUGCAUGUCGCUGGGGCACCUGCUGGCGGGCGACGCCGCCACGGCCGCGGCGCUGUGGGCGGGCUAUCGGGAGGAGAGCGUCCUCGGCUCUGGCGCCGCGUCCGCGCUCAGCGCCCUGUGGGGCGACGCCGCGGAGGCCGAGCGCCUCGGGCGGGGCCUGGGCCGCGCCACGGGGCAGGCGCUCCUCGGCGGCGGCCUGCUGAGCGACGUCCCGGUCCUGAAGGAGCUGUCAAAGUGCGGGAAGUCGCUGGGCGACCUGAUCGGGGGCGGCGACGUCGAGUUCGCCCGCAAGCGGUGGACGGUGGAGUGGCACAACGAGGUCACGGAGCCCGGGGCGCUGCCGAAGGCCCUCGUGAGCGUCAGCAUGGCCAGCGGCGGCCUGCUGGUGUGCCUGGCAUCCUCGGGGCUCGCCGCGCCCGCGUACGUGGCGUUCUCCGCCGUGGCGGGCGCGGCCUUCACGGCCGGGGGCGCCGCCGCCUGCCAGGGCAUAGACCAGCUGUCCGGGUUUCGGGAUCUGGGCGACUUCAGCGCGGGCGACAUGAUCGGGUGCGCCAUUGUCGGCGCGGUCGGCUGCGGCGGAACGGGCGCGGCGGGCUGCAUCGCGGCGGACGUGGUGAUCCAGCCCUGGGAGGUGAGGCUGCUGGGCAGCCGCCCCUGCGACGUCGUGCCGGCCCAGCUGCGCCUCCUGCAGCCGGUCGGGCAGCCAGCCUGGAAGUGCGAGGCCGCGCACGAGGGCGACGGCCACGACGACGGGCCCCGCGACGCUCGGGCGCGCGCCCCGGUGCCUGCCGCCAGCGGCCCCGCGGCGCGGCCGAGGCAGGGCCUCUGCACGGGCCCGCCGCCGGGCCGAGCGCAGUGCCAGCCGCGCGUGCGCGGGGCCCGCGUGCGCCGAGGCUGACCGGGCGCGCGCAGCCAUGUUCAGGAGGGGAAGAGACACACAGACACAAUGAAUCGUCGAUUCCCAGGAACAUAGGGGAAAAUCUGGGAAGUGGGGGGG